AUGGGACUACUUAAAUUCCUCGCCAAACGCAAUGGAUUUGAGGCACGUCGUGAUAAGCCCUCCCUAAUGGAGACAAUAAUGUUGACACCUACUUUUGAACUAAGUUUAGUCGAUGAGAUAAUGGAGGAAGGAGAUGCGACAUCAUAUUCAAAACAUGUGGCUUUCAUAGAUUUCGGACGCUUAGAUAUGCCCUGGCCCAUUUAUAUUAAUCUCGUACGCCACCCGGUGGAGCGCUUAAUUAGUUGGUUUUAUUAUGUACGUGCGCCUUGGUACAUUGUCGAGCGUAAGAAGAAUUUCCCGAAAGAGUAUAGAGUACCUAAUAUAGCGUGGUUGAAGAAAUCUUUCGAUUCAUGUAUAUUAAAACAUGAUGCGGAAUGCAUUUUUGCGCAGGGCGACAAGAAAGAGGCAAAUAAGGAAGUUGAUAUGGCAACCCUAAAGUUAAUCCAAAUAGUUGUGAAUAGUUACAUCAUUGCUCAAAUUUCCGUUAUAGGUUUUGACAAACGUAGAUCGCGAAAUAUUCUCAAGCCGCUCAGACAUCAUAAGGAAAUCGAUAGAGAAAGCAUUGGUAAUAAUAAUAAUAAUGAAGAAAUUUUACCUCAUAAGCGUCUUGAACACAAGAAAGGCCGUUACCAUAAAAAAAAUAAAGUGAAGUCACAAGAAGUAGAUGACAAUAAUUUUGAAGAUUCCUACGAUGACGAUGAUGGAGCCGAUGACGUUCGUGACGCCACUGCAUCUGACAGUCUAGCAAGCAGUGACGAAAGUAACGAGCGGACCUCGGAAUUAAACCUUCAUGCUGACAAUUUGAAUAAUACAAAGAAAGCUGACGUGGAUUUGAUAAUAUUUAAUAGGGUACCAAAAGUGGGUAGUCAAUCAAUGAUGCAGCUCUUGACUACUUUGGGUAAACUUAAUGGUUUUACAACAUCACGCGAUAUUAGUAAAGGUCACGAGACCGUUCUAAUUGCACCACGUAAGCAGCGAGAAUUAGCAUUGGAGUUGUUAGCGAAGCCGAAGCCACAUGCGUAUAAUCAACAUCUAGCCUACAUAAACUUCACCCGUUUCCAUUUACCCAAACCUAUCUAUAUCAAUUUGGUUCGACAUCCUAUCGAACGUAUUAUUAGCUGGCAUUACUAUACACGCGCCGAAUGGUAUUAUCAAGAUAUGAAGGAAAAGAUGGGACAUCUAGCGCCACUACGUCCUUCAGACGAAUAUAUGAAUUUGGACUUAGAUACUUGCGUAAAAACCAACAAUUUAUUCUGCCAGUUCAAUCAGGAUGAGAUAAUAAAUCCAUCCGGUGACCAUCGCCGGCAAACACUAUUCUUUUGCGGACAAAAUAGAAAAAUUUGCAUGCCCUUCAAUUCUGUUACGGCAAUGCAGAAAGCUAAACAAACGGUAGACGAAGAUUACGCAGUUGUUGGGACAUGGGAAGAUACCAACAUCACCUUAGCUGUGCUUGAGCAUUAUAUACCGAAAUUUUUCAAACACGCGAAAGUGGUGUACUAUAUGGAUAGAGAAAAAUUAUCGAUGGUGAAUAAAAAUGCGGGGAAGCGACCAGUGAGCCAGGAAACACGUAACAUCCUUAGCAAGAAUCUUACCAAUGAAAUUGAGUUUUAUGAGUUUUGUAAACAACGUUUAUAUCUACAAUAUGGCGCAAUCAGUAAAUUCAAAAGCAUCGACAACGACGACUAUGUUCUAGUACCAGAGCAUAAUGAGGAUGAGGAAAUAUUCAACCAAGACUAUUAAUUUGGUUAAAUUUG